AAUCUAUUUCAGGUUGUUCUUGUCCAUGCUUAGUUGAAAAUACGAACCUGCCAGACCAUGCCCAGGGCGCUGCAACCUCGUUGUGCGACCGAGAAUCCCAGAGAAUUACUGUGUCAAUCGUCACACAUGAAGAAGCUUCAUAUAACCGGCAAUAUCACCCGCAAGGACGAUAUGGGGACAUUCGAUUAUACAACGCAAUGGAACGCGAUGCGACUCGACGAGCCACGAUCAAGUAGCUUGAAAAUCUCAUAGUACCUAUGAAUCACGCAAGUUCUUAUUUCACCCAGCUUAUUUUCCUAUCAGUAUCGAUUCCGCCGAGAAUUCGGAAACAGGUGAGUACGCUCCCUGACGUUCGUCUUCUCCGCCCUGAUCAAUCAGGGAGACAGAGCGGGUAUGUCGCUCCAUGCAUUCUAAUGUGUGAAGAAACAGAGAUGAUCGUCGAUGCAGAAAUGCCGAGAAUAAUUUUCCACAGCUCCAGGGCUUGGCCAGUCUCAAAAACAUCCGUUCAAUACAUUCACCUGAGGUAUAAGAAUGGUUUGGCUUUGACUUGAAAGCCUCACCGCUCUCGACCUCCAUCGCAGCAGCGUCCUCUUGUCUCACAGCCGAACCAACUGAACCAAUCGUCUUCCCCUCUUCAAGUCAUUUACGAUGUUGUUCACCAAGGUUCUCUACCCGCUUCUCGCUGUCGUCGGCAUCGCGUCCAUCGCGUUCGCUAGUCCCAUCGCUGAACCAGCUCCGGCUGAGAUCGAGUCCAGGCAGACUGCCAGUGCUUUAAGCGCUCUGCAAAGCCUCCAGUCCGCUGUUGCUCCCAUCGUGACUCAACUGAACCAGGCGGCCGCCACUGGGCAAGACCCCACCCCGCUCUUGAACGAGUUGCGGACUGUCUUUACGAGCUCUACGAGCGACAUAAAGAAGAUCCCCCGGAAAAGCGUGGCCAAGGCUGAUGUUACCGCGGUCGUUAGCAUUUCCCUCAACAUCUUCUUGGACAUCAUCCUCGUCUUGGGCAAAUUCUCCAUCAUAAAUGUCAUUCUUUCUGCCAACAUCGACGUCUUCUUGAAUGCGUUCCUCUCCGCUUUGGAUGUCGCUUCUCCGGGCGUUGCGGCCCAAAUCGGCAAAGGCAUCCCGAGCUCUCAUUUCGGUCUUCUUGUGGUUCUGAGGCUCGUUGCUGUCAUCAAUAUCCUUGGCUUGGGUGGUUUAUUGGGUGGUCUGCUCGGUAUUAUCGGGUUGUGAACGUCUGAACGUUUGCCAGGCUAGAACAGUAGUCUCGAUGGUCGGGCUUCUUGCCCACGGGUUCGGACGGAAUCGUUAUAUACGCUUAUGUCUUUCUCGCUCGUAAAUGGAUCGGAAUGGAUUGAUCUUUUUACAUGCCACAAGUACAGUAUGGAGUUGUGGUUUCGACCAUCUGUUUGGUUGACCAUUUACUGAAUGUUGCUUCAUAAGGAGAGCUAAGUGCAUUCACUGGCAGAGAAGAGAUCCCGACGGCAUCGCACUGAAGGUACUUUGGUUUCCUAGAACGAUAAUCGUUACAGAAAGAGACCGGACGUCUGUGGGAAUGACCGAAACUGCCGGUAAACAUCG